AUGGAGCAACAGCUACAGGCAUAUGUGGCCUGGGUGAAUUCCCAGUUGAAGAAGCAGCCAACAAUAAAGCCGGUCCGAGACCUGAGACAGGAUCUUCGAGAUGGAGUCAUUCUUGCUUUGCUCAUUGAGAUUGUAGCUGGUGAGAAGUUGAAUGGCAUUCACGUCAACCCCAGUAGCCACCAGGAGAUGAGGGAAAAUGUGGAGAAAGUCUUACAGUUUGUGGCAUCAAAAAAGAUCCGCAUGCAUCAGACAUCAGCAAAAGAUAUUGUUGAUGGGAACUUGAAAUCUAUCAUGAGGUUGAUCCUGGCCUUAGCUGCUCAUUUCAAACCAGGCUCCGGGAGAGCAGUGAAUCAUAGUCCUACUGCCAUGGUGGGGAAGAGCUUGUCAGCAUCAUCUGCUAGUCACAGGCAUCGCUCAGUUGCUGCAGUAGCCCAAGGGGCAGUGGCUGCUCUGGCAGAUGUUCGUCAAGAAGUCUUGCAGUCCGGCCGGGAUGUUUUCCGGCACAGACAGAGGUAA